UAGAAAAGAAUGGAGAGUGGUAUGUGCAAACAGGUGUUACUCGUGAGUACUAAGUUCCUGACGAUAGUCCUGGUCUCGCAAUUACUGUGCACUGUCAACGUUUUGCCAGCGAACUAUGAGUAUCCGGCGAGAGUCUACAACGUCGGAGUGCUCAUGGCAUCUCAUCUCGAUAGCCCUUUCGAUCUAGAAAGAUGCGGACCGGCCGUGGACUUGGCCUUGGCCGAAGUGAACGAGUUUUUAAGCGUCCACAAUGUGAAAUUGCGCAAGGUCCAAGGAAGCUACCCGUCGUGCAGUGGAGCCGCGGCACCAGGCUUGGCAGCCGAUAUGCACUUCCGAGACAACGUGAUCGCGUUCGUCGGCCCGGCCUGUGCGUUCGCUCUAGAACCCGUGGCUAGGCUCGCAGCAUUUUGGAACACUCCCAUAAUCACGGGAAUGGGUGAUCAACCGCCGUCGGAAGGGGAACUGUCGGUGACGUCGGGAAUCCUUGGCAGGAUCAACAAAUGGAAAAACGAAAGCUCGGGAAUUUUCAAAGACAAGACCAAGUAUCCGACGUUGACGAGGAUGUCCUAUUGUCAGUGUCGACUGCGACUGGUGUUCUCCAGUAUCUUUAAAGAAUUCGGAUGGUCUCACGUGGCGCUGAUUCUGGACAGGUCGGACUUGUUCUCGUGGACAGUGGGCAAGAACUUGGAAUAUGGAUUGAGGAAAGACGGACUCCUAAAAUUCGUACGAGAACUCGACGGCAAUUCCAAGGACGAAUCCUACCAUUUUUACUUACGCGACGCGAGCAUGUACGCGAGAGUGUUGAUUCUAAGCGUCCGUGGAAUUCUAGUCAGGAAGUUCAUGCUGGCUGCUCACGACUUGGAAAUGACGAGAGGCGAUUGGGCGUUCCUCGACGUUGAAAUAUUUCAAGGUUCCUACUGGGGUGACCACGGCUGGGAACUCGGGGACGAGGACGACACCGUCGCGAGGAAAGCCUACGAAGCUCUUCUCAGGGUGUCUCUUUUACAACCGACCACUCCGAGAUUUCAGGACUUCGCAGAGAGUGUCCGUCAGAGAGCUCAGAGCGACUACAAUUACACGUUCUCCGACGGAGAGGAAGUGAAUUUCUUCAUCGGCGCGUUUUACGACGGCGUUUAUUUGCUGGGGAUAGCGUUGAACGAGACUCUGGCCGAGGGCGAGGACAUCAGGGACGGGAUAUCGAUAACGAGAAGGAUGUGGGACCGGGACUUCAUCGGUAUUACGGGGCACGUGAGAAUCGACGACAAUGGAGACCGAGACGCGGACUACAGUAUCCUGGAUUUAGAUCCUAUCACGGGAAGGUUCGAAGUGGUAGCGCACUAUUUGGGAUUGAAUCGGGAAUACAGCCCCGUGGCUGGGAAAAAGAUUCAUUGGCCCGGAGGAAGAGAGGGACCCCCGGCUGACAUGCCCGAAUGCGGAUUUUUAGGAAACGACCCGGCCUGCGCUUCGAACGCGGAAGCGUACACCCUCGUCGCUUACUCCAGUCUGGCCCUGGCCGUGUUUUUGCUCGUCGCUGUCACUGCGACUUGCAUUCUGUACAGGCAUCUGAGAGUGUCGGCUGAUUUGAAUAACAUGUCGUGGAGGAUCAGACCCGAGGAACUGCUCUUGGAAAUAGGAAGACCAUUUUCGUCGAAGAUCAAUCUACACCAAGCGAUCGCCGAGGUGAAUGCGAACGAUUCUAAUAAAGGGGUCGCAUUAAAUUCGCUCCUGUCGUUACAGAAUUUCGGAUUGGAACAGCGUAUUCGCCGGGGAUCGCAAUUCAGUUGCGAUUCCCUGCCACCGAGCACGGUGUUCACUACCAUCGGCAUUUACAAAGGGGAGAGAGUGGCCAUUAAGAAAAUCACCAAGAAGAAGGUCGUCGACGUGAACAAAAAAUUAUUAUGGGAGAUCAAACAAGUCCGGGACGUCACCUCGGAGAACACCGUCAGAUUCAUAGGGGCGUGUCUGUGUUCGCCUUCGCCGACGGUAUUGAUCCUCACGGAGUAUUGUCCCCGAGGCUCUUUGAAAGACGUGUUGGAAAACGAGGCUAUCAAAUUAGACUGGAAUUUCCGAAUGUCUCUGAUCCACGACAUCGUCAAGGUAGAGCAGGGAAUGUCGUACCUUCACGCGAGCGAAGUCUCGGCUCACGGCAAGCUUCGGUCCUGCAAUUGCCUGAUCGACGGUCGUUUCGUUUUAAAGAUUUCAGACUUCGGUCUGCAGACUCUGACCACCCCUUCCGAUUUGAUCAUAGACGAUAAACAUUAUAUCAAAUUACUGUGGAUCGCUCCGGAACUUGUACCACUGACCGUGACACCCGGAAGUGCAUCCACGCAGAAAGGAGACGUCUACAGUUUCGCGAUCAUUUUAGAAGAGAUCGUGGUUCGCGGUGGACCGUACGAAUCUGUCAAGUCUAUCAUGACCUCCCAAGAGAUCGUCGCCCGCGUUGCAGCGUCCGAAGUACCCCCUUUCAGACCGGAGGUGACUCCUAAGGACUGUCCACCGGACAUACUCUCCCUGAUGGAGAAAUGCUGGAACGAAGUACCCGAGGAACGACCGACGUUCCAUACGAUUCGCGGAACCAUACGUCGUAUUAUGAAAGGCUAUUGCGAAGACCUGAUGGACGAUUUGUUGAGGCGUAUGGAGCAGUACGCGAACAACUUGGAAGCCCUUGUCGAGGAAAAGACGGAACAGUUGAGCCUGGAGAAACGACGAAGCGAAGAGCUACUCUAUCAAGUACUCCCGCGGCAAGUGGCUUGCCAAUUGAUGGCAGGGGAACUGGUCCAACCGGAGCAAUUCGAAUGCGUGACGAUUUACUUUAGCGACAUCGUCGGUUUCACAGCGCUCUGCGCGCAAAGCACCCCGAUGGAAGUGGUAGGGUUCUUAAACGAUCUUUACAGUACCUUCGAUCGCAUCAUCGAAUUUUACGACGUUUACAAGGUGGAGACGAUAGGGGACGCGUACAUGGUGGUGUCUGGAUUGCCGGAACAGAACGGGGACGAACACGCGAGGGAAAUCGGGCUGAUGGCUCUGGCGAUUCUCGAUUCGAUACGAUCGUUCACCAUCAUUCAUAAACAGAAUGCACAGUUGAGCGUCAGAAUCGGUGUGCAUAGCGGGCCCGUCUGCGCCGGUGUCGUCGGCCAGAAGAUGCCCCAUUAUUGCCUUUUCGGCGACACGGUGAACACCGCGUCGAGAAUGGAAUCGUCAGGAUUGCCGUUACGGAUUCACGUCUCGGAGGCGACGAAAUGCAUAUUGGAUAAAUUUGGAACGUUCGAAUUAGAGCUGAGGGGCGAGGUGGAAUUGAAGGGUAAGGGAAGAGUGACUUCUUACUGGUUGAAGGGUUGCUCCGAACCGGAUCCGAGACCACCGACACCCAAGUAUCGCAAGCACAGCGUCAGCACGCCGGAAAAUAAUCUAAACCCUUUGAUCUUUCCACCUAACAAUACGAACGGUCCGAAGACCAACAACAAUACUUUUAUUAACUUGUCAGAGUUGCAACAGACCGUGUAAAUGAGCAAAUUAAUAAAAAUAAAUUUCGACCGCAGCAUCGUUCGUCGAAAAAUAUGUACAACUGUAGAUUGAUAUUUCAAAGUAAAUAACUUUACAAUAAAAUGUACAAAGGAAAGUCUUCCAAAGUCUCGGAAAUUUGACCGAAUGAUCAAUUCCAGUUCCUCGCUUGGUACCGUUUCCGAGACUUUGGAACCAAGCGAAGAAGUAUGAAAAUCAGAAUCUCUUUACC